UCGGGGUACUUUACCCCAGCCGCAAUAAUAGAGCAAAACUAUACGGGUAUUGGUCCAUUGGAUACAGACACCCGACCCGGUUAUCAGCAGCAACAGACGGAUAUAAACAAUUGUGUCCGCUUAAUUUUGUUUCAAAACUUCUUCCUCCUUCCAAAUUUCAGUGAUACAAGCAGGCUACAAACGUUUCGUGGUUCUGAUCAAAACAAAAAAUACAAACGUUUCGUGCAAGGUGGUGAGGCUAUCAACUGCACAGUUGCUUACUGUGAUUUAUCAGAAGAAGAAGUCUGCACUUAGAAGAAUCAAACAAGAACAAGAAGGUUCGUGCUAUCAGGAGAUACCUAAACAAACAUCAGUGCACACCAAGCAAUAGAAAAGCAGGUGCUUUCCAUACUGGUUCAAACAAUUUAAGAACGAGUAGUCAUGGAUGGCACCAUGAAGGAAAUUCAGCAAAAGAUGAUUGAGGUCGAAAUCGAAGCCGAGAAACUUCUUCUUGCUCGACACCAAAUUGUCGAGAAUGAUAGAUUGAGAAAUGGUAAUAGAGAAGCUCUAACAGCAUUAAGGAAGAGAACACGAACGACGAAAACAAGUGUUCCAACUCCUUUUGACUUAAUCAUGAAGGAAAUUGAAGGACCUGAAUCAAGGCCAUUGGUCAAAGAAGUAUGCCAAACCUGUGGGAAUCAUGAUUCAAAGGAGAAGACGUGGAUGAUGUUCCCUGGGGCAGACCUCUUUGCUUGCGUUCCUUUCCACGCAUGUCACACAAUCUUGGAGAAUGAUCAAACACAACUUGAUAUUGAUUCUAAGAAACUUCAGAGCUAUGUGAAGGAGCAGGCGCUUAUAAUAUCAGAUAAAGGGGCUCUUUCUGACAAGAUUGGUCAGGGCGUUCUUAGGUCACUGGUUUCCUUAACUGACACAAAAAAGUAAAUUCUCUGUAACUUAAGAAGAAUCUAAAGUAAAGCUGUAUUGGGUGAUUUUCAAGUUGACAGUCUAUGUUUGGCAUAUAUACUGGAUAGAUAGCUUAUACUAUGCAUGUCCACUAUGG